GAGUAACAUAACGGGUUUCUGCAUCGUGCUGAGAAAAAAAUUAAAUAGGACACAAACUUCUCUAGAUUAAGUCAAAACAGCGACGGCCACAGUGAGUUGCCAUUGUUAGGAAAACCGUCACCGUGGCGUCCUCGAGUGACAUCCGAGAAAAACUGCGGACCAAACGGCGUGCUUUGAAGGAAACUUUAGUGAAAAACAAAGAUGUAGAGGACGUCCAGGCUCUGGUUCCUUCUUCUAAGCUGACUGAGGGGAAACGACCAGCUACAAUGAAGCAGGAACCAGAAAGCAGUGAAGAAGAUUCAGGAGAAGCUCUGAAACGUGCAAUGAUGGCUCAGAGAGAGCGGCGGAAGAAAAGGCUGCAGCAGGUUUUAGCCCAAGAAUUUCAAGAUGUAGGUGUAGAGGACAUCUCCUCUACUCAGCAUCAUAUUGAGGAUGAAGGUUAUCCUGAGACACCAGCUACUCCAGUGGUUUUUUCAAGACCCCCACCUGCUUCUCAGAAAGCAGCAUUGUUGCCCAGCUCCCAGAAACACAAAUUUGAUGUUUCAGCAGCUGGUUUGGCAGAGAGGUUGAGAGCAGCUAAAUCGAAAGGUCCGAGCUUAACAGAGCAGGGUGCCCCAACUGAGCCAAACAGAUGGCUGCAGGGCCUCAGAGACAGACGUAAUCGUACAAGGUUUGACAGCGAGGUUGAGUCAGAUGGGACCAAAAAACAAGAUGCCCCUUUGGCCUCCAGCACCAGAGAGAAGUUCCGAGCAGCAGCAAGACAAGUGGUACAGGGCUAUGCCACUGCUGAGGAGGCAUACAAUUUCUUUACAUCCAACUUUGAUUCAGAUCCACAACAUCAUACUGACAAGAAGACACACAAAGAAAGAAAAGCUCUUGAUAAAGACAGAGGUGAAGAUGAAAGAGAGGAAUCUGAAUAUCGGGAACAUGGAGAAGUACAUCAAGAUGUCCAAGUUGAAAGCAGAGACGAGACUGAUGAGGGCCUUCUUGUGCAGGAAGAAGAUGAGGACUUAUUCCUCGUUCAGCAGUCAUCACAAGACUUCUUAGAAGUGAAAAAAGCAGAGUAUAUUGAAUAUCAUAAACGGAUUCAGCAAGAGUCAGACCUUCUCUUUGUGCCGCAUUCUCAACCAGUUCCAUCUUCUAUUAAAUUGGCUGAAGGCAUGCAGCCCCGUUAUUUGGAGGAUGAGGGACUGUAUGUCGGAGAAAGGCCCCACGUCUCCAAGACCAAUGAGAACAUUAUGGAGAACCGCAUUUUGAAAAUGGAGGAGGGAAAGAAGUGGUUUGGGCUUGAUGGCAGGAUUUUGGCUCUGGCCAACCCCAUAAAGGAACCAUCAACAAGACCUCCUCUCUUCCACAUGGAAGCAGAUCUACACCCGGCACUGCAAUCAGUAUACACCAAGGCUCUGAAGUCUAAGUAUGAGAAUCUGUACGCUGCCGGUGCAGCAGACCCUCUGGGCGACUUCCAGCUCGAUGUUGAUGUCUCAGGGUUGGUCUUUUCCCAUCACCCACUCUUCAGUCGUGAACAUGUCCUGGCAGCCCGCCUAGCUCAGCUGUAUGACCAGUACCUCACCAGGCAACGCAGUAACCUCACAGGAAACCUCACUGUUAAGCUGAAGGGAUUAAGAAAGGCGCACAGAGAUAGACUUGACAUCCACAGUGGACAGAACCUCAGCCAGGCCAUGCAGCAGAGGCUAUCAGAAUACCAUCUGGAGAUUAGGAAUAUUCGUCAGCAGCGAGACACCGAGCAGCAGAAAGACAAAACUCUGCUGAAGAACAUUGUCAAAGUAUGGAAGGAAAUAAAGGCCCUGAGAGAAUUUCAGAAGUUUAACAACACACCCUACAAGCUCUGCUUUAGAAGAGAGAAUGCAGACCGAGCGUCAGAUGAGCGGGAAUAUGAAAAUGACAUCUCAGCAGAGGUUGAGGAGUUGGAGGGAGACAUGGAGGAAGAGUACCAGCGAAGACUUGCUGAGUAUAAUAAACAACUGGAGAAACAGAAGCUCUGGAAACGGAAACAGAGAGCCAUAACAAAAAAAGCUAAAAAGAAGAAAAAAUGCCAGACACAGAAUGAAAGUGAUGGGGAUGGUGAUGAUCUACAGGAAGCCAGUGAAGCAGAAGCUGUCCUUGAAGAAAGGCCACCAACUCCAGAGCCUCCAGAGAAGCCAGACUUUGAGUCUUUAGAGCUGUGGGUCAGAGAGAAAGCCUCAGAGAUACGCAGAAAACCAGGAGAGUCUAUCGUGAUCCCUGAACUGACUGCCUCUGGAAGCAUCACUACCACUGAACUCUGCCCCAGAGCUGAAAUUGCUCGAAGAAAGGAUGUUGCAAGGCGCUUUCUGUUCAUCAAGAUCAUAUACAAUGACAAAGAAGUUUCCAGAACAGAUCGCCGCUCUCUCAACAAUGAUUUCAGGGUGCACUUUGGCCAGAUUUUUAAUCUGAAGAUUGUUAACUGCCCCCAGAGCAUCAUUUUGCAGGUGUUUGAGGAGACUGCCUUAUCAUCCUUCCUCCUGGCAGACGUAUUUGUGCCUGUGCCAGAAUCUUCAGCUUUGACGGGCAAAGUCCCACUUCAGGAGCUGGAGUUUAGCAGCAACCAGAGAGUAAUGUUUGACCAUGAGGGUGUGGGAAGUGAUGUGCCACUCUCCUUUGAGCCUGAUGGCAGUAACAAUCGAACCCUGCUGACAUCUGGGAAGCUGUGCUGUUGUGUUUCUUGGGGGAUAGGAGAUGAUGAUUUACCACUCGCACCACAUAUGUAUCAGCUGCCUGGCAGUGGUUUGAACCAACUAGAUGCUGUCACAUAUAUUGGGGUAUCUAACCUCAGUGAUAAGAAAAAAAUUGUGGCGUGGGCCAAGCAGGCACGACUAGAUCCCAAUGAUCCAAAAAAUGCUUCAAUCAUGCAGCUGCUACAGCUGGCCAAUAGUGGUGAGGCAACAGCACCAGAGUACUUCCGUCUGGAGCACCUUCAGGAGGAGUUUAACUUUGUGACUGAUGAGGAGUGGAAUAAAUCUAAAAGAUUCCGCCUGCUCCAUUUGAAGAACCAGGGAGUUCCAGAGUUUCGCAACUACAUUGUUCCUGCUGUGGAGAAGGAGAUCCCUAAUGACAUCUUUGAAAAAUAUGAGAAGAGACUGAAGGAGGAAGAGAUUGUUGACACCAAAGAACAUCUGGAUUCACACAGAGCAGCACUUGCCAAAUGUUUUCAUAAGAUGAGAGAAUCUGUUAUCAACAGACUUCUUAGUACCAACCAUCAAUACAGUCUCUCUGACAUGGUAAUCGAAGAGGAAAUUCCAAGCAUUGGUGGUGCAGGUCCAGGGUUUCUGGGAUUUAAUCUGUUCAGACGUUUGUUUGAAACCAGUCGACCCUUGAAACCUCAGAGAAGAGAAAGAAAGAAGGUGACUGCGCAGAGUCUGUCUGAUGGUGAUGUGAAACUCUUGGUCAGCAUCCGCCGUGCAUAUGACAUCCCCACGCGUAUCCCCCAGAGCAGCAAACCAUUACAUUCAACUACAGCUGGGAUAUUUGCCACAGGCCAGACAUCAUCCAGUGUCAUCCAUGGCACCGAUCGGAUACUUGGCCAGGUACAAGUAAGGCCCUUUGUGGAGGUUUCUUUCCAGCGUGCAGUUCUUCAGACAACGACAGCUGAUGGACCAAAUCCUUGCUGGAAUGAGGAGCUGCAGCUUCCAUUUAGUGCUCCGAAUGGUGGCUACAGCACUGCUAGUCUGCAGUCAGUUAAAGAUGAAGUCUUCAUCAACAUUUUUGACGAGAUUGUUUAUGAAACUGGAGUAAAUAACAAAAACGUGGGAAAAUCUGUAAACACGUUGGUCGAAAAACACUGGUUGGGCAGUGUGAAGAUUCCUUUCAGCACCAUUUAUUCUCAGAACAGGAUUGAUGGAACAUUCAAGGUGAAGAUGCCAGCAGUGCUGCUGGGGUACAAUAAGAAGCGGAUUCACGGCAGUGAUGGUGGUUACGAUACAUUCCGCACUCUGAGUGAGGGAACAUACAUCACGCUGUUCAUCACUAUUGAACCUCAGCUGGUGCCUCCAGACUAUGUGAGGAAAAAGCUGGACAGUAAAGAGGACGAGCGUUUACUGCAAGCUUCAGAGAGAUUUGAGAGUGAAGCAGCACGAGGCUUCCCAGACCGACCUUGUAUUUGCACAGUCAUAGACCUCAGUGGGAAGACGGUCUUCAUCACCCGUUACAUCCACCCACUAAAUCCGCCACAGGAGUUACUGGAUGCGUUUGCUGACAGCCCACGGGAGGCCACAGACAUAGUUGCCAGAUUUGUAUCCCUCAUCCCUUCUUUGCCUGACAGAAUUUCGUUUUCUGCUGCUUGUGGUCUUUGGAGUACCUGUGAUCAAUUUCUGACCUAUCUGGCUGGUGAUGAAGAACAUGCUGUACUGCUCUGCAAUUACUUCCUCUUUAUGGGCAAGAAAGCCUGGCUUAUAAUCGGCACUGCUCUACCAGAGGGACCCACAGCAUACGUGUUGACCUUUGAGCAGAAUCGCUACCUAAUCUGGAAUCCCAGCAGUGGUCAGUACUACGACCAGUAUGACUCCUUCUGCCCGCUGCAAACUGUUGGUUGUCUGGUCAGCGCUGACAAUGUUUGGUUCAACAUUCAAAAAUACACCUCACCCAUGCAGAUGAGUUUUGAUAUCACAAAUGGCAAACUGUGGAAGCCCUUUUUCUCCAGGUUCUUCUCUAACCCGGGUCUGUCCAGUGUGCAGCCGGAGCAACUGCUCUAUCGUCCCGCUGAUAAAGAAGGUGCAGCAGAACUUCAGCACAGGAUUGAGAACAUACUGAGGAACAAGAUCAUGCAGUGGCGUCCUUACCAACGAACACAGUGGAACCGUUACUGCGCAACCACCUUCAGGAACUUUCUGCCCACACUGGAGCAAACUCAGGGGCGGGGCGUGGCUGAGGGCCACAGCUACGAGCUGCAAAGCAUGCUGGGAGACACCAGGGUCUCGGGAUUCCCCCUGAACCUGCCGUUCUCAGAGAUGGGACCCGUCAUAGAGGCCGUGUACAGCACCGGGGUCCACACGUCCAGCGGAGAGUUUGCCCUGGCCGUGUAUGUGCACCCCUACCCCAACAACGUUCUAUCCGUGUGGGUUUAUUUGGCAUCACUCAUCUCCAAAGGACACAAGAAUGCUGACGACUAAAGGACGUUUUAUGCUACAGGCGAGGACCAAAACAAGUUGAUUAGUACUUA